GCAUGUGCCAGGAGGCAGCCUACAGCCGUGCAAGCAUUUCGCCUUCUUUUCGGUUACUUGACGAACCUUUUAAAGCUGCACUCUGGCCGUUCCUCCUCCUCGCCAGCUUCCUCUCGCUAAGUUGAAGCCGGGAGCAGAAGCUCGAUGUCUCUCCUGCAGGACGAACUCGCAGCUCUCCGGCGCUUCUGCUCCGCUCAGCCUGACUCCCGCACCGUUUUCUAGCUGAACUUUACCGCGAAGAAACCGCGCGCUUCUCCCGACGCUGAGGUUUUAUAGAGAUUUCCCCGUUCUUGGUACUUUCCCCGGCUUGUUUCUUGUGGAAGUGAUGGCGGAGCAGUCCGCGCUUCUGCUCCUCUCGCUUUCAGUUCUCACCUCUCUCUUUUCCGAGGCUUCUCUUGCACACAAAGGUUCUGCGGUGAGGCCGUUCACUCUACUGCGGUUUUCGGUCGAGCCGGUGGAUGUGUUAGCUGUACGGGGUUCUCCUGCUGUCUUGAACUGCUCGGUGGUGAGCGAGUCCCCGGUCAGGGUGGAGUGGAAGAAGGAUGGCACUUUUCUCAACCUGGUGGCAGACGAGCGCAGACGCCUCCUCCCCGACGGCUCUCUGUUCAUCAGCACCGUGGAACAGUCUGUUCACAACAAGCCAGACGAGGGCGUGUACCAGUGUGUGGCCUCCAUCGACAACCUGGGCACCAUCAUCAGCCGCGCCGCCCGAGUCACCGUGCCAGGUCUGCCACAGUUUUCUAGCCAACCAGAGAGUGUGUCUGUACAUCCUGGAGGUAACGAGGUGCUCAUCUGUGAGGUGAGUGCGGAUCUCGCUCCCUUCACGCAUUGGCAGAAGAACGGCCAGGCUGUUCAGAUGGACAUGCGUUUGUUAAAGCUGCCCCAUGCCGCUCUGGUGAUCAGCAACGCUUCACAGGCCGAUGCUGGUGCGUAUCGAUGCGUCAUAGAGGGACUGGGACCAGCCAAGAUGAGCCAAAGUUCUCAACUACAGCUUUUACCAGACACCGCCGUUGAUGAGAGAAUGGAAGUUCUAAUAGGCCCGUCUGCUGCGUCCAAGCCAGUGGGAGAGACGGUGCUACUGCCAUGUGUGGUGAAGGGUUUCCCACUCCCUGUUGUGCGCUGGCUACGGAACAGCAGGAUCAUUGAUGAGAGUGAUGAAAGGUUUGCUGUGAUUGGUGGAGGCAGUCUGCAAAUUGUGAACGUGACUGAGGAUGAUGCAGGUACCUAUAGCUGCCAGGCAGACAACGGCAAUGAAACCAUCGAGACCAAAGCAGAGCUUAAUGUGCAAGUUCCCCCGCGGUUCCUAAAGAAACCCUCGAGUAUGUACGCACACGAGGCCAUGGAUAUUAUCUUUGAGUGCAAUGUCGUGGGCUCCCCUGCCCCCACCGUGAAGUGGGUGAAGAAUGGAGACGCAGUCAUCCCUAGUGACUACUUCAAAAUAGUGAAUCAGCAUGAUUUGCAGGUGCUGGGCUUGGUGAAGUCGGAUGAGGGUUUUUAUCAGUGUGUUGCUGAGAAUGAGGUGGGAAACACCCAGGCCAGCGCCCAGCUCAUUAUCCUGGAUCUGGACGUUGCCAUCCCCACGUCUCCUGUCCCAUCACUGACCAGUGCCACUACUGACCAUGUAGACUCUGGGGAGCGUUCAGGCUCUACCCCGUCACCCCCACGUGAUCUCGUGGCUUCCCUCGUCUCCACACGCUUCAUCAAACUCACCUGGAGGGUUCCGGCCGAGACGAAUGGAGACAACCUCACCUAUUCUGUCUUCUACAGCCUUGAUGGCUCCAGCAGGGAGCGUGUUGAGAACACCACAGCUCCAGGAGAACUGCAGGUCACCAUUGACAACCUCAUCCCCGACACUAAGUACACAUUCAGGGUGUUGGCGUCCAACAGAAACGGCCUGGGCGAAAGCUCUGCUCCUCUUACAGUGGCCACCCAACCUGAAGUGCAGGUACCAGGACCUGCUCCUAACCUUCAGGCUGUAGCCAUUACACCCAGUACUGUCACUUUGACCUGGGAGAGACCACCCACAGGGAACGGGGAGAUCCAGACCUACAAGCUUUAUUACAGUGAGAAAGGAAAGGAUGUGGAACAGUACAUAGAUGUUUUAGGUUUGUCUUACACAAUGACGGGACUGAAGAAGUUCACAGAAUACAGUUUCAGAGUCGUGGCUUAUAACAAGCAUGGAUCUGGAGUAUCUACUGAUGACCUCAGUGUUCAGACCCUUUCUGAUGUACCAAGUGCUCCGCCUCAGAAUAUCUCUCUGGAGGUCCAGAACUCGAGGAGCAUUAUGGUACGAUGGCAGCCUCCUCCUUCCGGCGCUCAGAAUGGCGAGCUGACAGCUUAUAAAAUCCGCUAUAGGAAGGCUGGAAGGAAAGGAGAUGCAUCUGAGAUUAUUACCAGUCAACUCUUUCAGCUUAUUGAUGGCUUGGAAAGAGGAACUGAGUAUUUAUUCCGCCUCUCGGCCUCCACCGUGAACGGCAGCGGCCCGGCGACCGAGUGGAUCCCCGCCGAGACCUUCGAGAGCGAUUUGGACGAGUCUCAGGUACCUGGAAUGCCAAGUUCGCUGCAGGUGCGCCCGCUGGUGAAUAGCAUUGUGGUGAGCUGGACACCUCCAGAAAACCAGGACAUCGUAGUAAGAGGCUACAGCAUCGGCUAUGGUAUAGGCAGCCCUCACUCACAGACCAUCAAAGUGGACCACAAACAACGCUACUACAGCAUUGAAAACCUGGACCCAAGCUCACACUAUGUGAUUACGCUGAAGGCUUUCAACAACAUGGGAGAAGGAAUACCUCUGUACGAGAGCGCCAUCACCAGGCCUCAAUCAGAUCCCAUAGAGCCAGAUAUUGAUUUAUUUAAAAUGUAUCAUCAUACCCCUCAUACCCCAGCACCCGAGCCUUCCCCCAUGCUUCCCCCAGUGGGCGUGCAGGCCUCCGUCAUCAGCCACGACGCCAUUAAAGUCUCCUGGGCUGAUAACUCCCUGUCCAAGAACCAGAAGAUCACCGAUUCCAGAUACUACACAGUCCGCUGGAAGACCAACAUUCCAGCCAACACCAAAUAUAAGGUUGCCAACAGCACCACUCUAACAUACACAGUAACAAACCUGAAGCCCAACACACUGUACGAGUUCUCCGUCAUGGUGACCAAGGGCCGGCGCAGCAGCACGUGGAGCAUGACCGCUCACGGGACCACCCUGGAGACGCUUCCUACAUCUGCACCCAAAGACGUGACAUUGGUGAGUAAAGAGGGUCGUCCACGCACCAUCAACAUCAACUGGCAGCCACCAUCUGAGGCCAAUGGCAAAAUCACAGGCUACAUAAUUUACUACAGUACUGACGUGAAUGCAGAGGUACAUGACUGGGUUGUCGAGCCGGUGAUGGGGAACAGACUGACCCACCAAAUCCAGGAGCUAACCCUAGACACCAUGUAUUACUUUAAGAUCCAAGCACGCAACUCGAAAGGCAUGGGGCCGCUUUCUGACACCGUGCACUUCCGCACACCUAAGGCUGAGCCAUCUGACAAAAUGUCAAGUGAUCAAGUAGGCAUUCCAGGGAAGCCCGGUGGACGUUCUCCCCUGCCAGAUCAGGAACUUGGAUCCCCCUUAGAUAAGCCAGGAAUCACAGGCAGACAGGACAACCACAUGUUGGUGAUCAUCAUCAUCGUGUCUGUAGGAGUGUUCACCAUCAUCACUGUGGUAGUGGGUGCAGUCCUGUGUACACGCCACUCCAACUCCCAUCAGAAAAAGAAGCGAGCUGCCAGUAAGUCCAGUAUCGCCUCUCACAAGUAUAAAAGCACCUCAAAAGACCUGAAGCCUCCGGACUUGUGGAUCCACCAUGAGCGGCUGGAGAUGAAGUCUAUAGAUAAAUCACCCGAGCCCAACGUGUUGAUGACAGAGACACCCAUCCCCCGCAGCACACACGAGCCGUCCAGUAGUGAGGCUGCGCACCAAAGACAAAACGCCUACCGAGGUCAUGAGGUUGAGGAGACAGUGUCUACACUAGCAGGAAGAAGGGGAGUGAGACCCAAAAUAAUGAUGCCCUUCGACUCUCAGCCUCCACAACCUGUUAUUAGCGCACAUCCCAUCCACUCUCUAGACCACCUUCAUCAUCACCAUCAUCAUCACUAUCACCCUCCACCGCGUGGUUACCUUCAUCACCAGAUCAGCCUGAGGGCUCCUGCUACACCCUCUUCCUCUGGCCCUUAUUUAGACAGACCACCUUCUUCAGAAUCUGUAAGGACUCAGCCUUCCGCCACCGAGCUGCCGGUGGCCCCCAGCGUAGCCGAACUGCAGCACACAGAGGUUCUAAUUAAAGAGGACGAGCCACACUGCUAUAAACCUCCCACAGCCCACGUCCACCCCACACACCCCAUGAAGAGCUUCACCGUGCCCACUGUCACUGUGUCAACCCACAGCCCACCCAGUUCUGCCCUGCCCUGCACCGUGCUCAUGCCCCCACCAGUUCCCAGUGUGAAGACGGCAUGUAUCGGCACCCUGAGCAGAGCUCGUGGCCCUGUGGCUGUCACCGUUCCCAGUGCUCCUGACCAAUCAGAAACCAGCAAGAUGCUGCCGCAUAAAGAGUCUUUCCACUGAUACAUGUCUUCCAUGGUCUCCCUCUUCCCAUUCCUGUCCUUUCUACCUAUUCUCGUAUCUACCUCCAUCAUCCUUUAUCACAUGCCCUGUUUCUCACUUCCUCGUUUCCUCUCACGCUGCAUCCUUUGCUGCGGCCAUAACUCUAACCCGAACGCUCCCCUGCAUGCGUCUCUCUAAGGCCUACAGGACAGAUGAGCUGUCAGAGGAGAUGGCACAUCUGGAGGGCUUGAUGAAAGACCUGAACGCCAUCACAACGGCCUGAACGCAUUAACCGCCAUCCACAGAGGACAAACAAACUCUGCGAAAAGACUCAAGUUUCAGGAGAAACCAACCACACAUUUUUUUUCUCACUGAGGAAUGAGAGGAUGAGCUUCAGAUGUUUUGUUCUGCAUUUCACCUGGUCAGGAGGUGAGGUCUUGGGUCUCACUAUGCAGUGAGAAAUCAAGUACUCUGAGGAAACUGGGCAUUAUUAAAAUUGUAGUUCUGUGACUUCAUAGUGGUAUUUUUCGUUUUGUUUUUUUAUGUAUAUAUUAUUUUUGAUCUUUUACAUUUUAUGUGCUCUAUACAUGCCGUUUGAAAGGUGUGGAUUUAUACAGACUCCAUUUAAAGUCGCCAUGCCGUUUACAUUUCCUUACACAGAAAAGAGAACAUGUUUGUUUAUAUAAGUAUGGAUGUUGCGUUUGGUUUAAAAUGGUUGUAUUGUUUAAAUGAUAAAUUGAAGAAUGAAAACGUUCCUUGGACUAAAGAGACGAUGCUGUGUGUUCUUUCCAAGGGAAGGUUGUAGCAUGAAAUUCUAAAUAUGCAUUAUAACUUAUAUUACAAGUGAGGUGAUACAUUGCAUACAGUAUACUGAUGUGUACAUUAGGAUGUAAAGACUAUUUUUGCUAAUUAAAAAAAAAAACCUGAAACAUUGCAUCAAGUCUACAGUGCUGUAUUUUACAUGCUGGAUGGUGAUACGACACAGGCGGACCUUGAGUUUUCGCAAGAGUGUCACCUUUAACACCUCCUCUGCUCACUGUGUGUCUGUGUGAGCUGGAAGCACCGCAAACUGAAUGAUGUCAAUCGUUUUAUCUGAAGCGCUUCAGUGACUUGAAAAUUUAAAUAACUUUUUACAUUUCCAAAAGACAAUUUUUUAUAGUUUUUUUUUUUAAACAAAAUGAAAGUAUGUUGAUUUGUAACAUGUGAUGUACAAGGGUUAUUUCCCCUCCCAGCUUUCUGUUCCAUAUGAUCUUUUUAAUACCAGACUACAAUUUCCAUGUAUGUUGUCUCUUGUAAUGAAUGUUAAUGUGAUGGUAAGAAAUUAUGCUAA